CCAGAGCCUUCUCCUCGCUUCUACUCGCUUCCACACGAGGCUCGAUUUCUCUCGCUCCAUCUCUGGAUCUCGCGAUCAUGCUUAGAUUCAGCGUAUAUCAGGUCCUGCGGCGUCCAAACUUCAGCAGACCCAGACGGUUAUGGUUAAGGAGACUUUGGUAGCCAUCCUUAGGUUGAUUCUUCGACUUGUGUCUACUUAUUAGCCGUUGUGACAGUUCCGUUCGAAUUCCAAUUAAGAACUUACUUCAGUUGAUUACGGAAAGUUUUUGGAGAGCUGAGGUUUAGAGUUGUGGUGGAAUUGAUACGUAGUUUUUUCUUGAGGUUUUUGGAAGGGUAUUGGUUUUGGAGGCAUUCCAGAGAGUUGAGGGUUAGUUGUAGUGUAGGUGGAGGAUUGGAGGUUUAAAGUUUCGGGGGCAUCAUGAAUCCGGAGAAGUUUACGCACAAGACGAAUGAGGCGUUGGCAGCCGGGCAAGAGCUUGCGACCGAAGCCGGCCAUGCGCAGUACACGCCCGUGCAUUUGACUCUUGCUCUGUUGAACGAUAAUGAAGGAUUGUUGCGCCAGGCUAUUGCCACUGUGUCGGGUGGUGACCAGACGAUCAAUUCUGUUGAGCGCGUGUUGAAGAACACGCUGAAGAAAAUUCCAUCACAGAGCCCUGCUCCUGAUGCUUCCCCUGCGAAUAAUGCACUUAUUAAAUGCUUAAAGAAGGCGCAGAGCUUGCAGAAAUCCAGAGGCGACUCGCAUCUGGCUGUCGAUCAGCUGAUCUUGGCGCUACUCGAGGAUACUCAGAUUGCAGAUUGCUUUAAAGAGGCGGGUGUAAGUGCAACUAGGGUGAAGAGAGAGCUUGAAGCUGUGAGAGGAUCUUCUAAGAAGGUUGAUAAUGCUACCGGUGAUUCUAAUUUUCAAGCAUUGAAAAAGUAUGGACGAGAUUUGGUGGAGGAUGCUGGCAAGCUGGACCCCGUCAUCGGUCGAGAUGACGAAAUCCGGAGAGUUGUGAGAAUCCUGUCUCGAAGGACUAAGAAUAAUCCCGUGUUGAUUGGAGAGCCUGGUGUCGGGAAGACAGCUGUCGUGGAAGGCCUCGCCCAACGUAUUGUGAGAGGAGAUGUGCCAAGCAAUUUGUUAGAAGUACGUCUAGUCGCCUUGGAUAUGGGAGCCUUGGUUGCGGGAGCCAAAUACCGAGGUGAAUUUGAGGAACGAUUGAAGGCAGUGCUCAAGGAAGUGGAGGAUUCUGAUGGCAAAGUUAUUCUUUUCAUUGAUGAAAUUCAUCUUGUUCUUGGAGCAGGGCGUACGGAAGGAUCCAUGGAUGCAGCCAAUUUGCUGAAGCCAAUGCUGGCCCGAGGACAACUCCGUUGCAUUGGGGCGACCACUUUGGAUGAAUACAGGAAGUAUGUCGAAAAGGAUGCAGCCUUUGAACGGCGGUUUCAGCAGGUCAUGGUUUCAGAACCGAGUAUAGCAGACACCAUCAGUAUUUUACGAGGCCUGAAGGAGCGAUAUGAAGGGCACCAUGGUGUCCGUCUCUUAGACAGGGCGUUGGUUGUUGCAGCACAACUCUCGAGCAGAUACAUUACGAGCAGGUUCUUGCCUGACAAAGCAAUUGACCUCAUAGACGAAGCAUGUGCUAACGUGCGUGUGCAGCUGGAUAGUCAACCAGAAGAGAUUGAUGUCUUGGAAAGGCGUAGAAUUCAGCUGGAGGUGGAGGCGCAUGCUAUGGAGAAAGAGAAGGACAAAGCCAGCAAGGCGCGUCUUGUUGAGAUACGACAGGAACUCCAAAAUUUGGAGGAUCAAUUGAGACCUCUGAAAAUGAAGUAUCAAAGAGAGAAGGAGAGGGUCGAUGAACUCCGGAAGCUGAAGCAGAAGAGAGAAGAUCUUCAAGCCAGUUUGCUGGAUGCAGAACGACGGUAUGAUUUGGCAAGGGCAGCAGAUCUUAAGUACGGGGCUUUAGUGGAGGUGGACAAGGCAAUCCAAAAAAUGGAACAGCAAGAGUCUGGAGAGAACACUAUGCUCACGGAAUCUGUUGGUCCAGAGCAUAUUGCGGAGGUCGUUAGUCGGUGGACUGGAAUUCCGGUGACUAGGUUGGGUCAGAAUGAGAAGGCCCGGCUUUUGGGCCUUGCUGAUCGUCUGCAUCAGCGGGUUGUUGGUCAAGACGAGGCAGUUCAGGCUGUCGCAGAAGCAAUUUUACGAUCACGGGCUGGUCUAGGCCGACAGCAGCAACCAACUGGAUCCUUUCUCUUCCUUGGCCCAACGGGUGUUGGUAAAACUGAGUUGGCUAAGGCUUUGGCUGAGCAGCUCUUUGACAAAGAGAAUCAGCUUGUUCGCAUGGAUAUGUCCGAGUACAUGGAGCAGCACUCAGUUGCUCGUCUGAUUGGUUCCCCACCUGGGUAUGUGGGACACGAGGAGGGAGGUCAGCUUACAGAGGCAGUGCGAAGGCGCCCCUACAGUGUUGUUCUUUUUGAUGAAGUGAAAAAAGCGCAUCCGGCAGUUUUCAACACUCUCUUGCAGUUGCUGGAUGAUGGUCGUCUCACUGAUGGCCAAGGCCGUACUGAUUUCACCAACACUGUAAUCAUCAUGACCUCUAACCUGGGGGCAGAGCAUUUACUCAUGGGUUUGAGUGGUAUGAUGUCCAUGGAUAUUGCCAAGGAAAAAGUUUUAGAACAAGUUCGGGUGCACUUCCGCCCAGAACUUCUCAAUCGGUUGGAUGAAAUUGUAGUUUUCGAGCCGCUCAAGCACGAUCAGCUACGUAAGGUGGCCAGGAUGCAGAUGAAGGAUGUCGCCGUGCGACUUGCAGAGCGGGGCGUUGCAUUGGCUGUCACCGAUGCCGCCCUUGACCUUGUUUUGACGGAGUCUUACGAUCCUGUUUAUGGUGCACGCCCGCUGCGAAGAUGGUUAGAACGCAAAGUGGUAACCAACCUAUCAAGGAUGCUGAUCAACGAUGAAGUGGAUGACAAUUCCACCGUCUUCAUAGACGUUAAACCUGGAGAGAACCUACUCACAUAUACUGUGGAACGCAACGGUGGUCUUGUAAACAGUGUCACGGGGAAGAAGGCAGACAUUCUCAUUGAAGUACCGAGAGCAGAACAGCAUGAUCUCAAAAGAAUGAGGGUUGAAGAACCAGACAGUGACUUAGAUGAUGAGAUGGAAGACUAACUUUUGCUUCAGGCAGGUAUAGAAGCUAGAUUCUUGUAACAGGUAGAUCAAGACCACGCUGUUGGUAUUUCAGGGAUGGUCUGCUUACUACUCAAGUUAUGUAGCCGUAAAUAUGUAGCAAUUUUACAGUCGGUUCAGAACACAGCAAAAAUCCAAGCGCAAGUGUAAAUGUUAUUAAGGUUGUAGAUUUCACCAACAACCAAGCGAAAUUCAAUUUUUGGAUUAUUUUCAA